UUGCUUUCCGUUCCGAUGUCCCCUUUUUCAAUUUCUUGUGGUGCUGCUCUCAUUACGAUGAUUCUCUUCCUCCCUUCAAUUCUUUUUCCUUUUUAUUUUCAUAUCUUAACCCACCGAACCCGAUUCACCUACAUUUUCUUCCAUAGCCACGGAGCAAAAUUCCGGCUAUUAAACUCCGGUGAUGACGUCACCAAAUGAUACCGCCGAUUGGGUAUUUGAUUAUGGAUUUAUUGAAGACAUCUCUGUCCCUGUUCUUGACCCAUUCUGCUUGGAAUUUGAUGGUUCACUUGGGAAUUCUGAUGCUCUUAAAGAAAGUGGAUCUCGAAAACGGGCGAGGCCUGAAUUAUGCAAUGCAGUUGGUUCGAAAGCAUGUAAAGAGAAAAUGCGGAGGGAUAGGCUAAAUGACAGGUUUAUGGAAUUGGCUGCCUUUCUGGAUCCUGGGAGACCUCCGAAAAUGGAUAAAUCUGUUAUUCUGGCUGAUGCUGUUAAAAUGGUUAAUCAGUUAAGGGAUGAUGCUCAGAAGCUGAAGGAGUCUAAUGAGAGUUUGCAGGAGAAGGUCAUUGAAUUAAAGGCUGAGAAAAAUGAGCUUCGUGAGGAGAAGCAGAGGUUAAAGACGGAGAAAGAGAGUAUUGAAUGCCAAUUAAAAGCAUCGAGUGCUCCUGUCGGCUUCUUGCCCAUUCCUCCGACUAUCCCAGCCUCAUUUUCUUUUCCGAACCAAGUUGCCGGUAGCAAGUUGGUACCUUUUGUUGGCUAUCCUGGAGGUCCCAUGUGGCAGUUUAUGCCUCCUGCUACUGUUGAUACUACACAGGAUCCUCUUCUACGCUCUCCAGCUGCUUAAUUAAGUCGGGUGUAUUCCUACAUGAAGAAGAAGUGGGCUGAUAAGCAUGCCACCUCCAAUCCCAAAAACCCCACCUAACAUUCCUGCUAAAAGUGCCAUCAUUGGGAACAUGAGCUUGCUUUGUGCAGACUCAUCCAUGCCCUGCAGAUUUGCAGUUUGAUUCUGGUAGUUGCUUUUCUUGAAUAGGAUCCAUGCUGUGAAGAUUAUUGCAAGAGGAAUUUGAAGUGAUGAGACCACCCAAUAGCCUACUCCACAUGGCUUUAAUGCUACAAUGCCCUGCAGUUUUCCAUAAUUUUGCAAUGAUUGUCAAUUUUGCAUGUGAAUAAUUUGUUUUUUUAUGCAGUAACAUAUCUAAAUAUUGUAUUUUUUUCUUGGCUUUGUUCAUGUGGGAGGCAUCUCAGCUUUUUAAAUGCUAGAAUAUUUAGGAAGUGGUACUGCAGAAUAUGUGAAGGACCAUUUCUACUUUUGUAAACCCUAAAUUCUUUCAUGUGGUCCAAUUCAGGGGGCGGAACUAGCUUUUGUGAAAUGGGGGGACGAAAUCAUACAAAUUUUA